AUGUCUUUAAAUUUUGUGGGAUGGAGAGCAGCAUGGGUAAAGUACAUGAGAUUUAUCGGUUGUCCCUUGCUAUCAUCAGCUUCGUCUCCCCGCAGAUCAGAUGCUUUCCAAAGUGGCAACAAGAUUGACCAGUUAAUCCUUAAAGCUCCUUCCAGUGCCACCUCAGCAAAUCCGUUGUACAUUGACUUGUUACGCUUUGUUCAAAAGAUUUCCAAAGAUUCACGUGAUUCGAUUGUUCCAACUUUUACAUAUGAGCAAUCAGGGGAAACCUACUGCUUUAGCUGCAUAGAUCUGUCAAAAAUAACAGAAGAAAUUGCAUUAUCUGAGUCGCCGCGAAAGGCGUACUGGCAACACAAAUACCGUUGGAGCCUCAGAACUCCAUCACCCGAACCAGUGACUGAAGUGGACAGCAGAAAACUUAAUGACAUAAACCAAAUCGAACGGCGUCUGGAGAAUUGGUAUUCGAAUGAAAGCAAGACAUUUACCAGAAUUCCUUACGCGGUAUCACCAUCCGACCCAUUUCCUAUCCAACGAUGGGACAAAUUACUUAAAAAUUUCGAUCGCGCUCAGAAAACUUUAAUAGACGAGUUUGAGUAUCCACCUACUUCUGGAUUAUUUGCUAGAAAUUCAGAAUACGGUGGUGGCUCAAAUCCGGCAAAAAAGUUCUCAGAACUUUUCAACAAAGUUUUACAUCCGUUAACGUUGGAAUACCACAUCAAGUCGCGUGUUGACGAAGUGAACCAUACUGCGUGUCUAUUUGCUCAAAAAUAUACUUGCGACCCUGGAGGACAAAUCGCCAAAGGUGAUAUCUUUGCAAUUACUGGUAAAGAUAGCGUUAUGAGAAACAGUUUUAAAACUCGUUAUCGAAGCUCUUUUGCAUCCGAUCCAGCACAACAUCCUACUUGUACAGGUGUAUCCCAAGCCUGUUUUGAUCACGUCGUUGAAGCAAUUGACGACCUCAACGAAAGCCGUAAAACAAAAAUAUUUGCCCUCUUCGAUUACAUAAAAGACCAAGGUUGGGACACUGGGAGUUCUUUGGGUUCUAUGGACCAUGAAUUACUAGGAAUGUCUGGUUUUGCACAUUCCGUGUUCUUGUUGAGAAAUGAACUCAAAGCUGCUGGAAAAUUAGACAAUAUGAUCGAUGUGAUGAAAUGGUAUGUGGAGUUUGGAGAGGUCUACCAAAGCCCAUUCGAGUUCCAAGGAACUACCGCAGAUAAAAUACGAACUGUGUUGUUGUUUCGACUGAUGACCGUACUCAUAAUGCCCGAAGAUAACGUUCCUCAAAAAACAGAAAAAAUUCGAGAUAUGGACGCAUUGAAACGGUGGAUCGAGAACGCUUUAAAGGUUAGCGAGGGACUUUCUGACUUCAUAAAACCAGACUCUACAAGCUAUCAUCACAGGUUAUUCUAUGGCACCGCCUACUGUCCUUCAGCAUUGCACAACGCCGCAUUGAUCUCGUAUUUGUUGGACGGAACGACCUAUGAGUUGGACAGCGAGAUAAAAGAAAAUUUGGUGAACGCGUUAAAGGUUUUUCGAAUAGCCGCUGUCCAUUAUUCAACUCCUAGCCAGAUUGGUGGACGGAAUCCAAAAUAUGACCAAGCAAUUAUUGCCGAACACGUCCCAGCGUAUGCAUACUUGGCCAUGAAAUCUCCCUUUCAAAGUUUUAAAAUAGGUACAGACAUUCCCAAUUUAAAUAUCGAUUUGGAAGAAGUUCGUAUGUUUCUUCGCCUCUAUCAACCGGCGACCGGCAGUAACAUUUGUACGUUGGGCAAAUUAAACGAAUUUCUCUGUAAAGGUGAAAUAGGUCGAAAAUACUACUUGAACACUUUAGGAGCUUUGGAAAUCUUGGAGAGAGUGAAUGAACUUGCCUCCACUACCUCCAAUGUUACCUCUGGCGAGAGACCAUGGGAGUACCAAACUGAAGAAUCCCCAAGUGGACAUUGGACGAAACAAUUUGCGUCGUUGAGUAUCCAUCGCCGAGGUGACUGGGCAGUGUCAGUAAAAGGGUUCGACAAGUUUGUGGUGGAUUUUGAAAGCUCGAUGAAUCCUGUUGGAAAUCUUUAUGGAAUGUACAGCAGCCACGGUGCCAUGUUGAUAGCCAAUAGCGAAUCAGCCCUUAGUUCAAAGGAUGUGGACAAUGGAUGGGACUGGCGGAAAAUUCCCGGUACAACAGUAAUUAACGUUAGUUUUCCGGACAUGCGCAUAGAUAGCAGCCACCACUACAACCCGUCAACUGAUGCCAUGGCUGGCGGUGUCGCAUUGAAGGGAAGCCAGGAUUGGGACGAAAGAAAUGGUGUGUUUGGUAUGAAUUUUGAACAGCCCAGAUACAAGGUAGCAUCACUUUUUUCACCUUUCAGUUCCCAAGUUACUUUCCGUUUCAAGAAAUCCGUAUUCUUCUACGACGAUUUAAUUGUUUCGCUUGGAUCUAGCAUAGAAUAUUCUGGUGGGAAUAAAGAGAUUCAUACUGCGUUGUUCCAAGACAAGAUGGCCCAAGAUGCUUCUCGUAAACCCGCAGCGCCAGAUGUCUUUCGUUGUAACGGUUGGGGCACUUCGGAGAAAACGCAUUGGGAAAAUAAGGUAUUGGUUACCUUGGUGGACGUGAAUGGCAACAGGUAUUUGGAAAUUGUCAAAAUUUAUUUAUUUUUUGCUGCGUACAACAAAAUUAUUGAAAUCUAACCGGUAAAGAGGAGUGCAAUUAUUUCAUUAAUGUACAAUAACAAAUCCUAAGUAGGGCAAGGAGACGAGCUUGAGCAAAAUUAUAUUCAAAAUAGCGGUUCAGCAUGGUGAGGAAAUUCCAUUUUUAAGUAUUACUAGCAAUAGAACGACGUUCGAUUCAAUAAUGAUUUUUCUUUUGAUUGUUUGUUAUCACUAUGAAAACUUGCAAUUCUGUCAUAUACCAACGAUAAACAAGUAAUCGUUUCAUGCUACUGGUACAAUUUGUGUUAACUGACAUCACUUGCGAAUUUGCGAACACUACGUCAUCGUGAAACAAAAGCAAAGCUGAGAUGUUUUAUGAGAAACAUCUUACCCCAACCGCUUACGACAGUAAGGGCAGGUAAGUUACCUGAAUAGAUUCUGUGUCCUUUGAAUUAGACCUAAUUAAGUGCACGAUGAACACUGCAAUUUACAUUGAGUUCGAAUUAGUUUGCCCACGAGUAAAUGAUCGUGGUCAAUUCAUUUUAAUAUCAACAAUUCUAUAUAUACUGGUAAUACUGCCAUGCAAGGAAUUUAGAAAUGACAUGCUUCCUUGUGUGCUUGCUUUGCUCUUCGCGUUCCUGCUUCCUUACAUUUACUUUCAUUUUGUUAUUAUCUAGAUACUAUAUUCCAAAUCCAGACACCCAAGGUUUGGUUUUCUCUCGAAACAAGCGACAAGAUUCGGUAAAAGGCAAUGUAAAAACCGCGACGCCCACUAAUGGCAUGUAUUGUACUGCGUGGUUCAAUCACGGUAGGAGCCCGUCGACGACUGCUGGGAAAGACGAAUAUGAAUAUGCCGUACAAGUAGACGCAGAACCAGUUGGAGAAUCCUCAAAACCACUUCUUGUUUCUGGAAACAGUUACAGUGUUAUAUUGAAAACCAACACAGCGCAUGUUGUAAAAUUCCCCUCAACUACUAACAAGAGAGGCACUGUUUAUGGUUAUGUUGUUUUUCCAAUAAAUCCUGCUAAUCCAGUAGCGUUGGGUGACGAAGGUCCUCUGCUAUCCGUCCUUAACCAGACUGUAAUAAUGACCGAAGAAAAAGCGCACCCUGCAAGGCUGCACAUAAGUGCGAGUAAUCCGCAGUUGAACUUAAAAGAAAGACAAGGGUCACCGUCGUGGUGUAAAGGUGGAAACACGUCACCCCGAACCAAAAAAGACGUUGAAGAAACCUUACUUUUUUGUUCAACGAGCACCAGUCAAGCUAUACAUGUAAAUUUCCGAGAAAAUGCUAAAUGGUCUAGGUUAGUACAUUUAUACGUUGGUGGUAAAGAUAAGACCGGGAAUAAAGAACACUACCUGGUACCAACGGGCUCUCCAAGAGAAAAUGCUUUCAAAUUCAUCAAUAUGAGAAACGGAGCAGAUACAGAAGUGGAAUUCAGUGCGAAUUGA